CACAUGUAUAAAUAAUUCAGUUGAAAUAACGACAUUGGUGUCUAAGUGCGUAUUUAGAGCAUCAUGGGAGGAAGAGAUAGGAAUGAACCCAUCCCUUUACUGCAACUGGGCGUCAUAUCGUCGCCUGCCCAUGAGUUGCCCAGUUCUUCCUAUCAUUCAGUCAACUCCCACCAUGAAAGAACCGGGACUGCAUGGACAGCGGUGGCUCAUAUCAUAACAGGAGUAAUAGGGUCUGGGGUGCUGUCCCUGGCCUGGAGCAUGGCGCAGUUGGGCUGGAUUUGGGGUCCGGUUUUGAUGGUUUUCUUCGCAUCUGUUACUUUGGCAUCUACUUUUCUCCUCUGCAAUUGCUACAGAUCUCCAGACCCUGACAAUGGUCCUGACAGGAAUAAAUCCUAUAUUGAUGCUGUUAGACAGAAUUUAGGAACGAAGAGUGCUUGGAUAUGUGGGCUGCUCAUACAGCUGAAUCUCUACGGGACAGGAGUUGCGUAUACUAUUACUACUGCUAUCUGCAUGAGUGCGAUACAGAGAUCAAACUGUUAUCACAAGCAUGGACAUGACGCACCUUGUGAAUUUGGAACUACACAGUACAUGCUGGCUUUUGGAGCAAUUGAAAUAUUUAUGUCUCAGAUACCUGAUUUACAUAGUAUGGGGUGGCUCUCUGUCCUUGCUGCUAUCAUGUCCUUUGCCUAUUCUUCAAUCGGAUUGGGGCUUGGAGCUGCAAAAGUCAUAGGAAACAAUGUAAUUGAGGGUAGCAUUUAUGGAGUUUCAACUUCCACCAUAAUCCAGAAAGUGUGGCAAGUUUCUCAAGCAGUCGGAGAUAUAGCUUUUGCAUAUCCAUACUGCAUAAUUCUUCUUGAAAUACAGGAUACUUUGAAAUCACCUCCACCAGAGAGGGAGACCAUGAAGAAGGCAUCACUGAUUUCAGUCUGUAUCACCACUUUCUUUUAUCUUAGCUGUGGAGGCUUAGGAUAUGCAGCGUUUGGAGAUCAAACACCAGGCGAUCUCUUGACCGGAUUCAGCGGCUACGGCCCCUACUGGCUGAUCAACUUCGCUAACGCCUGUGUUGUUCUACACUUAAUUGGAGGGUAUCAGGUCUAUUGUCAACCAUUAUUUGCAGUGGUUGACAAAUGGCUGGCCGAGCAGUUUCCCCAGAGCUCGUUUGUCAACAGAGAGUACAGCGUGAAACUUCCGGCAGUGCCAGCUUUGAGUCUAAAUCUUCAGAGGCUGUGCUUCCGGACGGUUUACGUUGUAUCAACAACAGGAGUCGCUAUGGUAUUCCCAUAUUUCAACCAGGUUCUGGGAGUUCUGGGCACCAUCAACUUUUGGCCAUUGUCCAUAUAUUUUCCAGUGGAAAUGUGGUUGAGGCAGAACAACAUAGAAUCCUGGACAACACAGUGGAUUCUUCUCAGGACUUUUGGCUUUCUUUGCUUUUUACUAAACAUGUACAUGCUCGCUGGAUCAAUACAGGGAAUCCUGACUGCUAGAUUCAGUUAGGAAGGAUUCGAUGAAAUAGGAUCAGACACAAAACAGAUUCAUACUGGGAUACUGAUAUGCCUGGUCACUAUACUGAACAUAAAACAGGCUUCAGGAUGAAGAAUCUUCACGUGGAGCAAAACGGUUACCUAAUUUGGUAUAUAGCUGUUUCGAUCUUUUCCAUUAUAGUCUAGAGAAAGCUCUUUAAGAAGGAACUUAAUAGCUCAAUAACUUUUAACUCCAAGUCUGGGAUUUACUAAGUGACUUCUGAUAUCAAAGCUUUCCUUUCCCUUUCGGACAGUUCAGCCAUUAAGGAAAGCGUCUGCGAUUUUUCCAUUUUCAUUUCCAAGAAAGGUUGCUCUAAGUUACUAACGUUUGAGGCUGAUCCGACCCCACAUCAAGGUGACAGGAUUCGCUUCUCUGCCUGAAGGAGCCGAAGCCACUCGACUGAUAAGAAGAGGCUCGAUGUAAUUGAGUGAGUCGAAAGUGUUAGUGAGAAGCCCUCUCCUAUCUAGUACUAUUUCCACUCUCCUCUGAGUGCCAAAAAAACAGUGCUAAGGUAGCCUGUGGAAAGAAAAAAGAAUUUCGCCUCCUUUGUUUUGGGAAGGGAGGAUUAGGAAAACACAGAUGAAGAUUUGCUGCUUGGUUCAACGCCCUUUGUGACUGGCUACACUCGUGAACAAAGGGUGAAUAGGAGCCGAGGGGCAAGACUGAUGUAAUGCGAAGCGCUCUCCAACAACCACUUUCUAGAAACCUUUUAAGUGAUUAUUGAUCUAAUCAA